UCCCCUCCUCUCCCGGUUCCCUGCUUUCCCUUCCCCGGGCCGGGCCCCACCUCCUCCACGCAGGCGGCCAAUCCCAGUCGGCUCCGGCCAGUUCGCGGGGGCAGCGGCGGACGGAGCCUGGGAGCUGCUGGAAAAGCUGGAGCUUUGCGCCCAGGGCAGCCACUGAAGAAGAGACCAAGAUGAAUGCAGAGCCUGAGAGGAAGUUUGGCGUGGUGGUGGUGGGCGUUGGCAGAGCCGGCUCUGUGCGGAUGAGAGACUUGCGGAGCGCGCAUGCUUCCUCAGCGUUCCUGAACCUGAUUGGCUUCGUGUCCAGGCGCGAGCUCAAAUGCAUUGAUGAAGUCCAGCAGAUUUCUUUGGAAGAUGCUCUUUCUAGCCAAGAGGUUGACGUUGCUUAUAUCUGCAGUGAAAACACCAGCCAUGAGGACUAUAUCAGGCAGUUCCUUAAUGCUGGCAAGCAUGUCCUUGUGGAAUACCCUAUGGCGCUGUCUUGGACAGCAGCUCAGGACCUGUGGGAGCUAGCUGAACAGAAAGGGAAAGUCUUGCAUGAGGAACAUAUUGAGCUCUUGAUGGAGGAGUUUUCGUUCCUGAAAAAAGAAGUUGUGGGGAAAGACCUGCUGAAAGGAUCUCUUCUCUUCACAGCUGGCCCAUUGGAAGAAGAGCGGUUUGGUUUCCCUUCAUUCAGCGGAGUUUCUUGCCUGACCUGGCCUCUCUCGCUCUUCAGGGAACUUUCUCUCGUGUCUGCCACUUUGGAAGAGCGAAAGGAAGAUCAGUACCUGAAAAUGACUGUGUGCUUGGAGACAGAGAACAAACGCCCACUGACAUGGAUCGAGGAGAAAGGGCCUGGUCUAAAACGAAACCGGCAUUUAAGCUUCCAUUUCAAAUCUGGGUCCCUAGAGAAUGUGCCAAAUGUAGGAGAUAAUAGGAAUAUUUUUCUGAAAGAUCAGACUAUAUUUGUCCAGAAACUCUUGGGCCAGAUUUCUGAAGUGGAACUGGCUGCUGAAAAGAAACGCAUCCUGCACUGCUUGUGGCUCGCGGAAGAAAUCCAGAAACGCUGUGGCUAAAAGAGAAAAGAAAGCAGCGGGCUCUUGCGACGUGAAACCAUAGUUUGAUGUUUAUCGAGAGUUGAUUUUACCUCUGUUCUUGCAAUUAAACACGUCUUGGGGAAACAG